AAAGAAUUAGUAACUGAAGACAACCUUUUUUUAAAAUGAAAUACUGCAGUGACUUCUAUUACUGAGGCAAAUUGGCAGUCACUAGUCCUGGAAUCUGAAUCUCCUGUUUUGGUUGAAUUCUGGGCCCCAUGGUGUGGCCCCUGCCGUAUGAUUCACCCUAUAAUUGAUGAAAUAGCACAGCAAUAUGCAGGAAAGAUGAAGUGCUACAAGCUUAACACUGAUGAGAGCCCUUCGGUCGCAAGUCAAUACGGGAUCAGAAGUAUCCCAACCGUCAUUAUCUUCAAAAAUGGUGAGAAGAAAGAAGCAAUUAUUGGUGCUGUGCCCAAAUCAACGUUGACCACCAGCAUAGAAAAAUUCUGUUGAGAUGAUUAGCAUCCUUGCUCAGAAAGGCAUGGAGAAUUAACAGGGUCUUGAUAAAGCUAGAUACAAUGUUCUAAGUGCCCCAAAUACACAAUGCU